CCUAGUCCAAUUUCUUUCUUCUUUUUUCAGUAGUUAAAACCCACACCAUGGCCUCCGAAUACACGUACGACGAGGAAGGUGAGACAUGGCCGUUCUUUGUGAUGGCUGUGCUCACGUUUAUUUUAUUGCCAUUGACCUUUAGAUGGGUGUAUCGGAUCUUCAAUGAAGACAAUCCAAUCACAGUCAAUCAGAAGAUAAAGGGGUCCAUUGUGUCCGAGGACGUGAUCAUUGAGAACAGGGACGCCAUACACUCGUACCAGCGUAAACAGAAGUCGUUCAAGGUUCUCAACAAGACGUUGUUGGCCAUAAUCGUUGGUUGGUUCCUUGUGAUUUACAUUGGAUUUGUCCAUACUCAAGAAGCCAAUUUAACUGGAGCUUUUGACCCUUACACCAUUUUAGAUGUUUCAACAUUCUCUUCAGAAAAGGAAAUCAAAUCAAGAUAUAGAAAAUUGUCAUUGAAAUUCCAUCCAGAUAAACUCCCCAAGGAUAUGACUGAUAAAUUGAAAGAGGAAAUGGAAGCAAGUUACAUUCAAAUGACUUUGGCUUAUAAGGCCUUGACUGAUGAAACUACCAAGGAAAAUUUCUUGAAAUAUGGUCAUCCAGAUGGUCCACAAGAAAUUAAACAUGGUAUUGCCAUUCCAAAUUUCCUUGUUGAAGGUAAAUAUUCCCCUAUCAUGGUGAUUGUAUAUUUCUUACUCAUUGGAGGACUUCUCCCAGCCAUUGUUGGUCUGUGGUGGAACAAUGCCAAGACCCACACCCGUAAGGGGCUCCAUGUCGAUACUGCUGCCGUUUUCACCAGAAAAUUGACCGAUAAAAACCCUGCCAAGAUUGUUACUCCUUAUGAUUUAUUAGAUUGGAUUUGUCUUUCCAAUGAAAUUCAAACUUCUUUCAAACAUUUACCCGGUCCAGUGAUUAAAGAUUGUAUUCAAAGACAUUUAUUUAGAUCUUUUGAACCAUUCCCAUCUAAUAAUGUCAAUUUGGAACAAGAAAAAAUUAAAAUUAUUUCUCAUUUACCCAAAUUAAUUAGUGGAUUAAUUGAUAUUGCCACUGUUUUCAGACAUACUGAUGUCUUAUUAGCUGCAACUGACCUUCAAAAAUGUAUCUCACAGGCAGUACCACCAAUUGGUAAAUACCAAGAUUUGUUACAAUUACCAUAUGUAGAUUCACAAGUGGUGCAAGGACAACCAAUUAAAAAAUUGGGUAAACUUUUCACCUUGUCAAAGGAUGAACAAAAGAAAGUUUUGGGAAUUAAAGAAGAUGAGAAAUUAUCUCAAGCAUUAAAAAUUGCUGAACGUAUCCCAACUUUAAGAAUUCUUCUGGCUGAAUUUAAAGUCCCCGGUGAAGAAAUCAUCCCACCAGUGGCUAGUGCACAUGUUUCAUUGAAAUUUUUAGUGAAAUCUCCUAAACAUAAAUCUUGUCCAGAUAUUGCUGAUGAUGAUAGAAGACUUCAAACGGAGGAAACUCUUGAAUACUUGAGAAACCCCAUUGCCUCCGUCAAUGAUAGCCAACCAUCUUUACCAUACACAUAUGCUCCAUACUUCCCUGACAGUUCUCGUAAUCACUGGACUGGAUUUUUGAUCUCACAAAAGGAUAAUAAGAUUGUAGAAGGAAUGAAUGCCGCAUAUUUGGAGAAUUUGGAUUUGAGUAACUUGGAAUUGACUCAAGAACAAUAUAUCAAUGGUGGAGAAGAAGUUGUGAUUGGGAAGUUUAACAUUCCUCUUACCACUCCUACUCCAGGUGCAUCUGGUGAAUACCAUUUCCGUCUUAUAUUGAAGAACAAUGGAUACUUUGGAUGUGACGUGGAUGUUCCAAUCAAGAUGAACGUCGAAGUUCCAGUGCCAAAGCUUUUCAAUAACCGUAAGGAAAAGAAGAAGAUCAUGGAAGUUUCUGGCUCUUCAUCGGAAGAAGAUGAAGACGAUGAAAGUGAUAUUUCCGACCCAGAAGAAGAUUCCAUUGCUGGUGCUUUGGCUGCAUUCAGAGGAGGUAACGUUAAGCUGCUGGACGACAAAAACAACGAUGACAAUGACGCAGAAAGUGACACCGAAAGUAUUUUCACCGAUAUCAACACCGAUACGGAAGACGAAAAGGAGUAGGUCUUUUUAUAUAGCUAUAUAUAUAUAUGUUCUAUAAAGGUGAUAUAUUUUUACUGUUGUGGGAGGGGGUAGAUAAUU